GAGCCGCCAGGCAGCCGCGAAUGGCUGUGGGAGGGCCGAGGAGGCGGGCUCGGCUGAAGUGAAACCGCGAGGGGAGUUUGGCGCGGGCGGAGAGCCUCUUCGCCGCCAGCGGAGACAGACCUCGCCGGGCGGUCGGGGAAAACGACCCAACGACGCGGGGAGCGGAGCGAGAGCGAGGCCGGCUCCCCGUCGCGGCUGCCGCUGCUUCCCUUCCCUCGCUGCCGUCGGGGCUUCCAGGCGGACUUGGCCAGCCGGCUACUGAUGCGUCCGUGUGCACCUAACAGACAUUGAACGAAACAGUACAAAAAAGGCACCUUGAUGUGAUCGCUGAAAACUGCGUGCACAGAACAGUCUGAACAAAGUUCAGCACUUGAGAACAGAAGAAUGGCGGAUAGCUAAAGGGUUGGUGUCACUCUGGAAAAGAGAUCAGGUUUGCCUACAUCUGAGCCGAGGUCAGCCCGUAUGGGAGCAUCAACGCCAACCGCUUAAGAAUCAGUGUUUCAACAUUUAACAUCUGAAGGAGGUAAAUAGUAUUACCAAGUGGCUCAUUCUACACCCUCCAUACACACCAGUCAUGAGGCUCUUUCUGCUUUCUGCUUGCGUGAUGCUAUUGACCGCCUCCCGAAGUGCUGCCGUCAGCUUCCCAGAAGACGACGACCCUAUUAAUGUUGUCGACUACCACUAUUCAAGGCAAUAUCCAGUAUUUAAAGGACGCCCUUCAGGCAAUGAAUCCCAGCAUAGGCUGGACUUUCAACUGAUGUUGAAAAUUCGAGACACACUUUAUAUUGCUGGCAGGGAUCAAGUUUACACUGUGAACUUGAACGACAUUCCAAAGGGAGAAGUUGCUCCAAGCAAGAAAUUAACAUGGCGGUCAAGGCAACAGGACAGAGAGAACUGCGCCAUGAAGGGAAAACACAAAGACGAAUGCCAUAAUUUUAUUAAAGUCUUUGUCCCCAGGAAUGAUGAGAUGGUAUUUGUCUGUGGAACCAAUGCUUUUAACCCCAUGUGCCGCUACCUUAGGCUGAAUACCUUGGAGUACGAUGGAGAAGAAUUCAGCGGCUUAGCCAGGUGCCCGUUCGACGCCAGGCAAACCAACGUCGCCCUCUUUGCUGAUGGCAAACUCUAUUCUGCAACGGUUGCAGAUUUUCUGGCAAGUGAUGCGGUAAUUUACCGAAGCAUGGGGGACGGGUCGGCAUUGAGAACAAUAAAAUAUGACUCCAAGUGGAUUAAAGAGCCCCAUUUCCUUCAUGCCAUUGAAUACGGGAACUUUGUGUAUUUCUUCUUUCGAGAGAUUGCCGUGGAACAUAAUAACUUAGGCAAGGCUGUGUACUCCCGCGUAGCUCGCAUAUGCAAAAACGACAUGGGUGGCUCUCAGAGGGUGCUGGAGAAGCACUGGACGUCAUUCCUGAAAGCGCGUCUCAACUGUUCCGUCCCCGGGGAUUCGUUUUUCUACUUUGACGUGCUCCAGUCGAUCACAGACAUAAUAGAAAUCAACGGAGCCCCUACUGUUGUCGGCGUAUUCACUACGCAGCUUAACAGCAUCCCCGGCUCAGCGGUGUGUGCCUUUAGCAUGGAGGACAUUGAGAAAGUCUUCAAAGGAAGAUUUAAGGAACAAAAGACUCCAGAUUCUGUUUGGACAGCUGUACCUGAAGACAAAGUACCAAGGCCGAGACCUGGGUGCUGUGCAAAACACGGCCUAGCAGAGGCUUACAAAACCUCCAUUGAUUUCCCAGAUGAAACCCUCUCUUUCAUCAAAUCCCACCCUUUGAUGGAUUCUGCCGUUCCCUCCGUCAUUGAGGAGCCUUGGUUUACAAAGACAAGGGUCAGGUAUCGGUUGACAGCGAUCGCAGUGGACCACUCUGCCGGCCCGUAUCAAAACUACACAGUCAUCUUUGUUGGCUCUGAAGCUGGAAUGGUACUUAAAAUCUUGGCAAAGACCAAACCUUCUUCUUUGAAUGACAGCGUGUUACUGGAAGAGAUUGAUGCUUACAAUCAUGCAAAGUGUAACGGGGAUGGUGAAGAGGACAAGAAGGUCAUCUCCCUGCAACUGGACAAAGAGCACCAUGCCUUAUUUGUUGCAUUCUCCAGCUGCGUCAUUAGAAUUCCACUCAGCCGUUGCGAGCGUCACGGGUCGUGCAAAAAGUCUUGCAUUGCGUCUCGAGAUCCUUACUGUGGCUGGCUGAACCAUGGGACCUGUGGAAGAGUGAAAUCAAGCAUGUUGUUAUCUUUGUUUGUUUCAUACAACCACAGCGUUGGAGGAUAUGAGCAAGAUGUGGAAUAUGGCAACACCGCACAACUCGGGGAUUGCCAUGAAAUUUUGCCUACUACAACUACACCAGAUUACAAAAUAUUUGGCGAUCCAACAUCUGACAUGGCGUUACCCUCAACUUCUGUUACCACAGUGGAAAGUAUCCCAGUUUUCUCACCCAAAGUGAUUGGUUCCUGGAAACCUAAAGUGACUGGCUCCCGGAAAUUUGUAGCCCAAGAUGACCCAAACACCUCUGAUUACUCUGAUUCAUUAUCAGGGGUCCCGAAGGGUGUCAGGUGGGAAGUCCAGUCAGGAGAUUCUAACCAAAUGGUGCACAUGAAUGUCCUGAUUACAUGCGUCUUUGCUGCCUUCCUGCUGGGAGCCUUUAUUGCAGGCGUGGCUGUUUACUGUUACCGGGAUAUGUUUGUGAGAAAGUCCAGGAAGAUUCACAAAGACGCAGAGUCAGCUCAGUCCUGUACGGACUCGAGCGGGAGUUUCGCCAAGCUGAAUGGCCUCUUCGAUAGCCCAGUCAAGGAGUAUCAACAGAAUAUCGAUUCUCCCAAGCUGUAUUCAAACUUGUUAACAAGCAGAAAAGAGAUGCCGCCAACGGCCGACACAAAGUCCAUGAUGAUGGUGGACCACAGAGGCCAACCGCCAGAACUGGCAGCUCUUCCAACACCAGAAUCCACGCCAGUGCUGCAGCAAAAGACUUUGCAGUCUAUGAAAAGUCAGAUGGACAAAGCGCAGAACAACCUCAGUGCUUCUAGAAAAGAAACUCCUCUGAAGAGCCCUCAGUUUUUCCCGUCCAGUCCUCCACCUCAUUCUCCUCUAAGUCACGGACACAUCCCCAGCGCUAUUGUUCUUCCAAACGCCACCCACGACUACAACAUGUCCUUCUCAAAUUCCAACGCACACAAAGCAGACAAGAAGAUGCAGAACAUGGACCACCCGCACACAAAGUCAUCGGGCAAGAGAGACCACAGGAGGUCUGUGGAUUCCAGGAACACCUUGAACGAUUUCCUGAAACAUUUGAACGAAAUGCCUAGCAACCCCAAAGCCAUUAUGGGAGACCUCCAGGUGGCUCACCAAACUUUAAUGCUGGAUCCCAUGGGAAACAUGACUGAGAUCCCGCCUAAAGUUCCCAACAGGGAAGCCUCUUUGUAUUCUCCUCCAUCCACCCUUCCGCGAAACAGUCCGACGAAACGGGUGGACGUCCCUACCACGCCGGCGGUACCCAUGACCUCUUUGGAAAGACAGAGGGGCUACCACAAAAAUUCAUCGCAGCGGCAUUCUAUAUCAGCCCUCCCUAAAAACUUAAACUCGCCCAACGGCGUGCUGCUGUCGCGGCAGCCUAGUAUUAACCGCGGGGGAUACAUACCUCCCGGAGGAGGCUCAAAGAUGGACUACAUGCAAGGGGCACCAGUGAGUGUCCAUCUACAGCCUUCCUUGUCUAGGCAAAGCAGUUACACGAGCAAUGGAACGCUCCCUCGGACAGGGAUAAAGAGGACGCCCUCCCUCAAACCAGACGUGCCGCCCAAACCCUCGUUCGCUCCCCAGACGCCUUCAGUCAGACCACUGAACAAAUACAGCUACUGAGACUUGCGUAUUCUGUCAAGAGGUGUGGGAUGAUGUUGCAGGACAGACAAUAAGACAGUGACUCGCUUGUCAUGAGAAACACACACACACGGAGAGAGAGAGAAUGAACAAGCCGCCAAAGAACCUGUUCUUACUCCAGCAACAUCUGGGCUUUUGCCACACACCUGGCUUAAAGCAAGGCUCAGCUUGCUAAACAGAUUAUAACAAAAGAAGGUGCUGGCCCUUCACAUUUCUUUUGUUUGGAGCAGAGGAGACAUGUAGCACAAUGGGAGGGGGAACUACCUGAGCAAACGUACUUGGGGAGGAAAGGGGGAGGGGGAAAAGAUCUGCGAGCAAAAAUACUUGAAGAUAAUAAUAAUAAUAAUAACGAUAACAAUAAAAUGGGGUUCAUUUUUAGACUGCCAUAAUGUGUAGUCUUCCCAUGAAAUGUGAACAUUUUAAUAUGUAUGCAUUUGCCUUGCCUCUUGCACAAAUGUCAGCAAAUGAUAAUGUCUCAACAAGUAUGUUGGUUAAUAAGCAACUUGCUGAACUUUGGUCUCUAGUCCAACUGUAGCAUUUUUCUUUUCCUCCAAAGGAUGACAUUUUUGUUUAUGAUGAGAAUAAAGGUGUUUGUGUGUGA